UUAAUGCCACAAGCACUUUCCCCGUUCCUUCCUAAAUAAACAAAUCGAACCCCUGAAACCUUAGACGUGUUAUGAAAACAGACCCGACGGCGGGUCGUCCCCCGAGCUGUGUUUUGAUCCAUACGUACAUAAACAAACACGUAUCUCUGGACCCGGGCGGAGGGGGAGAGCGUGUGGACGCCCGUUUAGACGGCCGAAACCAUGGGGCAAGCGGAGGAGCUAAUCCGGAUGGCCAAAAAGUUGGAGAAGAUGGUGUCUAGGAAGAACACGGAAGGAGCUCUGGACUUAUUGAAGAAAUUGAAUAGCUGCACCAUGACCGUUGAGCUGCUGCAGACCACCAAAAUUGGUGUGGCUGUCAACACAGUGCGUAAACAUUGCUCAGACAAGGAAGUGGUGGUUCUGGCUAAACUCCUUAUCAAAAACUGGAAGAGGCUAUUAGAGUCAUCCGGGACACAAAAAGGGAAAAAAGAGAAAGACAUUGCUCUCUCUGGCUGGAAAGCUGAAGGGGCACUUUCCAACUCUGUGGAUGUCUGCAAAAAUCCUGAUGGAAAGCAGAAAGACAGGAAACUGAAUAAAUCCACCUCACACGAAGUCAUGCUCAAGAGUAGUUCUUCCUUGGUCUCCAAACCAGACAGAGAUCCCAAAGAUGCUUCUACUUCCCAAAAGUCACACGUGGAGCUCAAAAAAGAGAGGAGGGAUUCCAAAGAUUCAAGAUCUUCCAGCUCUACUGCUGCUUCCUCUACUUCCUCUCCCAAGAGACUGUCAGUUGACAGGAGAACCUCUACCAGCUCCAACCCAGCAGCCUCACCUCCUGGAUCUCAUAAAAGCAAAGAGGAUAGCAAAGAUGAAAGAUCAAAUGACAGAUCUCGAAGUGAGGUGCCUGCCAGCCCUGUCACGCCAACAUUUGGGACUUCUGUCUGCUUCUUGCCCUCCUGCUACUUGACUGGAGACUCCAUUAGGGACAAGUGUAUUGAGAUGGUCUCUGCAGCCCUGAAAAUGGAUGAUGAUUACAAAGAAUUUGGGGUCAACUGUGAUAAGAUGGCAGCCGAGAUUGAAGAUCAUAUCUACCAAGAACUGAAGAGCACAGAUAUGAAAUACCGAAACCGAGUGAGGAGCAGAAUUAGCAACCUGAAGGACCCCAAGAAUCCUGGCUUGCGCCGCAAUGUGCUGUGUGGAACCAUCCUGCCAGCCCUAAUUGCCAAGAUGACGGCAGAGGAAAUGGCUAGUGAUGAACUGAAGGAGCUAAGAAAUGCCAUGACCCAAGAAGCUAUUCGAGAGCAUCAGAUGGCAAAGACAGGAGGUACUGCCACCGACCUCUUCCAGUGCGGAAAGUGCAAGAAAAAGAACUGCACCUACAAUCAGGUGCAAACCCGGAGCGCCGACGAGCCCAUGACGACUUUCGUGCUCUGUAAUGAGUGCGGCAAUCGCUGGAAGUUCUGCUGAUGCUCUUUGCACCUAUAUGCCAGUGACACGAAGAUGUUGUACCUGUUGCAGCCAAAAAUAAGAGAACCUUUGAACUGUUCACUGAUGAAAUAAAGCAGGGAAAGAAAAACAGCCUGCAAGGUUGAAAUGCUGAUGUUUCAACCCCCUCUCAUCAGAUAUCUCUUUAAAAAACGCAGUAGGUUUGAAUGAACUACUUAAAUGGAA